AUGUCGCUGGAUGACGCUGUCGGGCUCAGUGUCGGCUGCACAGUCAGCGUUGAGUCAUCUGGCCGGGCGCCAAACGGCAGCGAGCCUCCGGCCGCCGCGGCGCGCGCCCCGGGCGGAUACCACUACGGCCGCGGCGGCGGCGGCGGCGGCGAGGAUACUGGCGGCGGCGACACGUGGUGGCGGUUCGAGUGCGGGCCGAUAUGGGAGGAUGCGGAGGGGCAAGACAGCGGCGGCGGCAGUACCAAAAGCAGCAGCAGCAGCAGCAGCAGCAGCAGCGCGCCCGUAGCUCAGGCAGCAGCAGGCCCUACCAAACCCGGGCCGAACGCCGCCGCCGCCGACGCGGCGCCCGACGGCCCCGCCCGCCCCGCGUCGGGGGCACCCCGGCUGCAGGCAGGCGCGGCGGCGGCGGCGCCGCGAGCGGAGCCGGGGCUGCCGCUCGCGGCGUGCGGGCCGUUUGUGCGGGGGCCGCCGUUGGUGGUCGUUCUGGAACGGGUGCAGUCGGGGCUGUUGGGCGCCGCCCUCAGCAGCAUCGGCAUCACGGGGCUGUACAUAUCCUUUGUGUUUGCCCUCGGCCGCUUCCUCCGGCUGUCGUUUUCGAAUAUCCGACAGAGGAUUCCCUACGAGGAGUUUGGCAGCACGCGGCGCGUGCUGGCCAUGGUGCAGGACAUCUACCUGGCGAGGGCUGAGGGUGAGCUGGAGCUGGAGGAGGAGCUGUACACCGCCCUCAUCAAGGUGUACAAAAGCCCUGCACUGCUGCAAGAGCUCACGCGGCCGGGCGACGACGACCUGCCGCGACCGCGCGGCGGCGGCGGCGGCAAGCGCAAGCGACUGUGA